AUGGAAGGCAAUGAAGAAUGUCUCCGACGUCGCGCCUAUCUGAAAGUAGUACCUGUCAUAUUGCAAGGGCCGAAGAGCAAGAUAGAAACAUACGCUCUUCUCGACGAAGGCAGCACAGUGACACUCAUCGAUACAUCGGUAGCUGACAUCCUGGGUAUUGAUGGUCCGGCAAACACGAUGUGGAUACAGGGCGUCGGCGCCAUGGUCAAGCAUGAACACAGCAAGACAACCAGCGUGAAAAUCAAGGGCAAACACUCUUCAACCAUCUUCAAGCUAGAUCAAGUCCGCACAGUGGAUCGACUGGAUAUCACUACCCAGUCGGUCGUCGACAGCGACAUAAAGGAGUGUGGUCACCUGAAAGAAAUACGAGAAGAACUCGUCUACCACCGUGCUACCCCCAAGUUAUUAAUAGGACAAGAUAACUGGGAUCUCAUCGUGUCAAGAGAGGUACGGGCGGGACGUCGUGACCAACCGGUAGCAUCCUACACGCUACUAGGUUGGGUUCUGCAUGGUUGCAAGACGUCUCUCAGCAACCCGGUGACUUUCUGCGGGCACCUGGUGGAGAAGAAAGAUGACGUCAACAUAGAAGAAAUGAUGAAAAAUUACUUCAAGCUGGAGUCACUAUGCAUCGAACCCAGAAAACCAAAAAAUGAUCCAGAGCAGCGAGCUUUGAAAAUACUAGAACGAGAAAGUCGCCGUCUUCCGAAUGGAAGAUAUGAAACUGGGCUACUCUGGCGAGAAGACAGCAUGAAAAUACCGAACAAUUACACCGAAGCAAGAAAACGUCUGCAUAACCUCGAAAAGAGAUUAGACAGAGAUGAAGACCUGAAAAUUAAAUACAACGAACGAAUCAAUAACCUACUCACGUCGGGGUAUGCAGAGCACGCCAAGACACCGCCAGCUGAAGACAGAACAUGGUACCUGCCACACUUCCCGGUUGCGAACCCAGCGAAGCCACACAAGCCGCCGCGACUGGUGCAUGACGCCUCCGCUAAGACUGCAGGUCUCAGCCUAAACGACCUGCUGCUUUCUGGACCUGACCUGUUGCAAUCACUGCCUGGGGUGGUGAUGAGGUUCAGACAGUACGCCUACGGAGUCUCUGCAGAUAUCAAAGAGAUGUUUAUGCAAGUAAAAAUUAAGAAAGAAGACCGCGACGCGCUCCGUUUCCUGUGGAGAGGUGACCGGCGGGAGGGCGACCCAGACGAAUAUAUUAGAAAACAAACGGAUACCAACGAAAAGAGAAGCGCUCAGCAUCAUCAUGGCACUCUUCGACCCCUUGGCCUCAUAUCACCCAUCACAACGCCAGCGAAAAGAUUACUGCAAGAUACAUGGCGCUAUAAAACAGGCUGGGACGAAUCGCUACCAGAAGAACUGCAGCCAGCAUGGAGUACUUGGUUGACAUCAUUGCGAACUGUACACAAGAUACGCAUACCACGAUGCUAUGAUGUCACACCAGUGGUCACCCAUCAUCUGCAUACCUUCGUGGAUGCCAGUGAAGAGGCGUACGCCGCGGCAGUGUACUGGCUGUCACAAAGAGCCGACGGUACCACACAUGUCACCUUGGCCGCCGCUAAAAGUCGCGUCGCACCGCUCAAGCCCGUCUCAAUCCCGAGACUUGAACUUCAAGCUGCGUUAAUGGGUGCGCGCCUCACACAUACCGUGGCGGAGGAGCACGACUACGAAAUAGCGAGUAAAACAUACUGGAGCGACUCUCGGACAGUCCUAGCAUGGAUAAGGUCAGAACCAAGGGCCUUUAAGACCUUUGUGGCUCACCGCCUGGCUGAAAUAGAAGACACAACAAAAAAAAAUGAAUGGCGAUGGGUCCCUACACAUGAAAAUGUAGCUGAUGAUGCCACCCGAGGUAUACCAAGCGAAUUCGGACCACAGCACAGAUGGUUCAACGGGCCAUCAUUUUUACAUCAGCCAGAAAACGAGUGGCCGCGAGAAACAAGGACAGCGAUAUCAGUCACGGGCGAAGAGCGAGAGAGAUGCCAUGUGACCGUUACAAGUACGGCUCACGCACACUUACCUGACAUCGACCGAUUCUCGCGGUGGCUGCCGCUCAUCAAAUCGACUGCGCGCGUGCUACAAUUUGUCGAUCUCUGUCGACCUCAAAGAAAUAUUGUAGCCGCCACGAAGAAACGAACCAAGAAGAAUGAAAAGGGCGAUGUUGACUGGAGAAAAAAGAAUAAUGAAAAAAUCAUAACAAGAAAUGGAAGAACGAAAAUAACGACGCCCAGCAUCCCGGUGCCAGCGCAGUACCUACUUGAAGCCGAGAGAAUGUGGAUGCGAGCCUGCCAGGAAGAUAGUUUCGGGAAUGAAAUAUUGCGAAUAAAAAAGGGAAGUCCAUUGAAUAAACAAGACAGACUGACAGCGCUAAGUACCUACAUCGACACAACCGGAAUGCUGCGAUUAAGAGGACGAAUUACAGCAACAUCGAACGUAGAAAAAGAUGUACUCAACCCACCCGUGUUAGACGGGAAACACAGAUAUACACGUCUGUAUAUACAACAUAUACAUGAAACAAUGCACCACGGCGGUAUAGAAGCGGUAGUGAAUGAGCUACGGCAGCGGCUGUGGGUUGUAAAAAUAAGACCCACAGUACGGAACGUCAUCAAGGGGUGUCUGGUCUGCCAGAUAAGAAGAAAGAAGCCAACAAGCCCACCGACCGGUGACCUGCCUGCCGCCCGCCUAGCGCAUCACGCUCGCCCCUUUACCUACACAGGGCUGGACUACUUCGGCCCCAUUGAAACCACAGUCGGACGGCACCGAGAAAAACGGUACGGCGCCCUCUUCACGUGUAUGACAUCACGAGCCAUACACAUUGAAGUGGUGCAUACCCUCGGCACUCAUUCAGCCAUCGCCGCCCUGAGGAGGUUCAUGGCUCGGCGAGGUUGUCCAACGGAAAUAUGGAGCGACAACGCUACGUGUUUCAAGGCAGCUGAAAAGGAACUCAAGGCGGCUAUGGCAGCACUAGAAGAGGAGGCCACCAACCGCAGCAUCGCGUGGAGGUACAUCCCACCCGCUGCUCCCUUCAUGGGCGGGGUAUGGGAACGCAUGGUGCGGUCAGUAAAGGAAGCCCUACGAGUUACGCUGCACGAGCGUUAUCCCACAGACGAGACAUUGGUGACCCUGCUAGCCGAGGUGGAGAAUACAGUCAACUCCCGACCUCUCACUCACGUGUCCGUCACACCGAGCGAUCCGGAGGCAUUAACACCGAACCAUAUCCUGAUCGGCCCCAACUCACACGUGCCUAAUCCCGGAGUGUUCAACAAAGGAGACAUGAACGCACGACAUCAUUGGCGACGAGCACAAGCGUUAGCAGAUGAGUUCUGGAGGCGCUGGGUGGUGGAAUACCUACCCUUACUUCAACACCGGCGGGAGCCCCGAGGUACCGGUGUUCCCCCCAAGGUUGGCGACACAGUCAUCAUAUACGACCCAACCUACCCCGAAAUACAUGGCCACGGGGACGCGUUGUGA